AGGUGCAACGAGGAUGAUAACGGUAACAAUUUCAUAGGGUGGUGGUGGAGAUUGAAGAUGAAUAUAUGUCAAGUUCUUGGCCCAGGGCCAGAGAGCACAGACAGGCACAUGAGUGUUUGGUCUGGCUGGUGUGAUGUCAGGCAGGAGGAUCAAGGAGAGGAAGGACAUAGCAGAUAGACAGCUCAACAGUGGACAGGCAAGGCGGUGCGAGACAGCCCUGCUUUCUGGAACCUUGUGAGGUUUGGAGCUCAGUGGGUGGGACCGACCGGGAGAGGCUGCGCGGAGAGGCAGGGGCCUUGCGGUCAAGUUUGCAGUUCACAGACAGCACAGGGAGCGUCGAGGACUCGACGCCACAGAGCCUGUGACACCACCGCGUGCUUCCUGAGCUGUGACGGUCACCAUCACUGUCUCUCGUGACUCCAGGGGCUCUCUGGAGUAAACACGGCGGAAUUUACAAUUCCUGUAAUGUUGGGCGUAGAAGUUACUUCCGUUUCUGGGUGAAAACAAACAUUGUUGCCGCGCACACUGAUGCGUGUGCCACGCCUUCUGUCUCGGAGGCGUCUUUUCCAGGGACAAUUUCCCAUGCCGUCUUUUGGGGUCCCUCCCGUCUCCUCUGGCUAUGGGGAGGGGCGCAGGCCCCCCCCCCCCCAGCACCUCUGUCCUUUCCGCUCCCAAGGGCAGGAGAAAGAAGGACCUUGGCACAGGUCUAAACAUUCUUAAGGAAGUUUUCAUUUAACCUCAGAGCACACGAGAGGUGAGCGCUGUCCUCACUUUAAAGGGGACACUGAGGCUCACAGUUUGCUCCCGCCACAUCUUAUUACCGAUCAUAAGAGGAAGGGUGCUGCACAGCUGUAGAGCACUUUCAAAACACUGCAAGCACGAUCUCCGAGCCUCAGUUUCCUUAUCUGUCAGAGGGAGGGCGAUCGGAGUAAAGAGGACUAAUAAUGUUUAUUGAACGUUCGCUGUCUGCAGGUUCUGUUACUGGGCACCGUUACGGUUCUCACGGUGCGCAUAAGGACACUGAGACACAGAGAGGUUAAGUGACUUGCCCGAGGACACACAGCUGACCGAGGGGGCAGGUGGCAGGGCCUCCCCACCUGCCCCACGGAAGAUGCAGUUCUUUGGGCGCCUGGUCAACACCCUCAAUAGCGUCACCAACUUGUUCUCAAACCCGUUCCGGGUGAAGGAGGUGGCUGUGGCGGACUACGUCUCGAGUGGCCGGAUUCGGGAGGAAGGGCAGCUGGUUCUGUUCCAGAACUUUCCCAGCCACACAUGGGAUUGCAUCCUGGUCAACCCCAGGAACUCACAGAACGGAUUCCGACUCUUCCAGCUGGAGAGGGAGACGGACGCCCUCGUGAACUUCCAGCACUACUCUAUCCAGCUGCCGCCCUUCUACGAGAGCUCCAGCCAAGUCCUGCACGUCGAGACCCUGCAACAGCUGACCGACCUCAUCCGCAGCCAUCCCAGCUGGUCGGCGGCCCAUUUGGCGGUGGAGUUGGGCAUCCGAGAGUGCUUCCAUCACAGCCACAUCAUCAGCUGUGCCAACAGCAGGGAGAAUGAGGAGGGCUGUACCCCCCUGCACCUGGCCUGCCGCAAGGGCGACGGGGAGAUCCUGGCGGAGCUGGUACAGUACUGCCACGCCCAGAUGGACGUCACGGACAACAACGGAGAGACUGCCUUUCAUUACGCCGUCCAGGGGGACAAUUCCCAGGUGCUGCAGCUCCUAGGGAAGAACGCAUCGGCCGGCCUGAACCGGGUGAACAACCAAGGGCAGACCCCACUGCACCUGGCCUGCCAGAUGGGGAAGCAAGAGAUGGUCCGAGUACUGUUACUCUGUAAUGCUCGGUGCAACAUCAUGGGGCCCAGUGGCUACCCCAUCCACACAGCCAUGAAGUUCUCCCAUAAGGGGUGUGCUGAAAUGAUCAUCAGCAUGGACAGCAGCCAGAUCCACAGCAAAGACCCUCGCUAUGGAGCCAGCCCCCUCCACUGGGCCAAGAACGCAGAGAUGGCCCGCAUGCUGCUGAAGCGGGGCUGCGACGUUAACGGCACCAGCAGCUCGGGGAACACAGCCCUGCAUGUGGCCGUGAUGCGCAACCGCUUGGACUGUGUCAUGGCCUUGCUGACCUACGGGGCCAACGCCAACGCCCACGGAGAGCACGGCAACACGCCGCUGCACUUGGCCAUGUCGAAAGACAAUGUGGAGAUGAUCAAGGCCCUCAUUGUGUUUGGGGCAGAGGCGGAUACCCCAAAUGACCUCGGAGAGACUCCUGCUUUCAUAGCUUCCAAGAUCAGCAAACUUGUUACCAGGAAGACGCUCUUAACUCUGCUGAAAAACGUAGGGGCCGACCACCGCCUCCCACUCACCCAAGGGGCCCCCUCGGAGCAGUGUUCCACUGCGACACAUCACUCCUUGUUCUCCCAGGAAAGAUCUCAGCCCCCACCGAUCAGCUUAAGCAACCUAGAACUGGAGGACAUCAUGCAUAUCUCCCGGGCCCGGAAGCCGGCGUUCAUCCUGAGCUCCAUGAGGGACGAGAAGCGGACCCACGACCACCUGCUCUGCCUGGACGGAGGGGGCGUGAAGGGCCUCGUCAUCAUCCAGCUCCUCAUUGCCAUCGAGAAGGCCUCGGGCGUCGCCACCAAGGAUCUCUUUGACUGGGUGGCGGGGACCAGCACUGGAGGCAUCCUGGCCUUGGCCAUUCUGCACAGCAAGUCCAUGGCCUACAUGCGGAGCGUGUACUUUCGCAUGAAGGAUGAGGUGUUCCGAGGCUCGCGGCCCUACGAGUCGGGGCCCCUGGAGGAGUUCCUGAAGCGCGAGUUUGGGGAGCACACCAAGAUGACCGACGUCAAGAAACCCAAGGUGAUGCUGACGGGGACGCUGUCUGACCGGCAGCCUGCUGAACUUCACCUCUUCCGGAAUUACGAGGCUCCGGAGUGUGUACGAGAACCUCGUUUCAGCCAGAAUACUAACCUGAAGCCUCCGACUCAGCCCUCAGAGCAGCUGGUGUGGCGAGCUGCCCGGAGCAGUGGGGCGGCCCCCACCUACUUCCGGCCCAACGGGCGCUUCCUGGACGGCGGGCUGCUGGCCAACAAUCCCACGCUGGACGCCAUGACCGAGAUCCAUGAGUACAACCAGGACAUGAUCCGCAAGGGCCAGGAAGGCAAGGUGAAGAAGCUCUCCAUCGUGGUCUCUCUGGGGACAGGGAGGUCCCCACAGGUGCCCGUGACCUGUGUGGACGUAUUCCGUCCCAGCAACCCCUGGGAACUGGCCAAGACUGUUUUCGGGGCCAAGGAGCUGGGCAAGAUGGUGGUAGACUGUUGCACGGAUCCGGAUGGGCGGGCCGUGGACCGGGCCCGGGCCUGGUGUGAGAUGGUCGGCAUCCAGUAUUUCAGAUUGAACCCCCAGCUGGGGACUGACAUCAUGCUGGAUGAGGUCAGCGACACAGUGCUGGUCAAUGCCCUGUGGGAGACUGAGGUCUAUAUUUAUGAGCACCGAGAACAGUUCCAGAAGCUCAUUCAGCUGCUGCUGUCACCGUGAGGCCGCUGGGCACCCCCCGCCACCCCAUCCCACCCACCCAGCCCUUGAUGGAGAGGCCAGGUGACAUCUAAGCAGCACGCCACUGGGCAGAGCUGGGCCUCGGCGGCUCUGCAUCUCCAGACCAGACAGACCAGGCCUCAGAGGGCACUGGGCUUCCUGCCUGAGGCUGGUCCUGGGUCCUGCCCACACCGUCCCCGCCUUCUGGCACUUUUUGUCAUUCCACGCUUAGAAAUCCUAGAGCCUCACUGGGGCCCUCUCCCUGAUGGCCAAGGACAACUGACGCUUGGGCCCCCAGCCCUGUUAGCUCGGACACCAGGCGUUCUCCCAGGUCCCCUGGCGGAGGGGGGAUGCCAAGACCCCUUCCACUCUCUGUCCUCUUCCCUGGGGUGGGGGGCUUGGAGAAACAGGCCUCUGCCCACCCAUCAGCAGGGGAAACCCAAGCCCCGCCGACUCUGCCCUCAACACACAUGCGGCCGCCUGCACCCCUCGGAACUGCCCCACCCUGCGAGCUCCCCUCAGCUCUCAAAGGUCACUUCUGUGACUUCGGUUAUUCCUCCCGACCCGAGGUGGUUGACGGGUGGGGCGGGGAUCCAGAGCCUGCCCUUAACUGAAAUAAACGGUUUGAUUCAAGCUCA